GAGCCAGUGUUUUCUCCGUUGGUUUAAUCUUGGCUUAAUCAAUGCCACCGAAAGAACGGUUUCUGUGGAACAUCGCAACCUAGCUUCCCGCGUAAAACCCUAACAAUGGCCACUCCGCAACCAGACGUUAACAACGACGACCACUACUCCCCCUCCUCCACCACCAUCACCUUCGACCCACCCCUCCCUCUCCUCCGCAACCCCAUCCCCUCCUCCUCCUCCCCAUUCAUCCUCGCAUUCAAAGACGCCGACUCCUUCUCCACCGCCUGCAAAUCCUGCAUAUCCACCCUCACCUCCCAGUGCGAGGCCGGUGCCAGAAUCGGCUGCGCCAUCGCCGCCUCCGACAAGUGCAAAACCCCCUGGUGGAAAUCCCCCUCCUCCAAACCGGACCUCGCAGAGAGAGAAAGGUGCGAGGAGAUAGAAACAAGGGUUUGCGUCGAAGCAGCGAAAGCGAGGUGUGAGAAAUUCGCCAAGGAGAAAUGUGUGCCGGUGUUUGGGGAGGCGCGAGUUGCUGGGAGAAAGGUGGACUGGAAAGAGGCCUCCAAGUUGAUGUUUUGGGCGGUGGCGGCGGAGAGGGGGUUAGGGUUUGGUUUGGAUCGAAUGGGAAGUUGGGCUGAGUUUAGGGAUCGGGUUGAAGUGACGAGUUAUCGAGGGAGUGAUGUAUUGGGUACUGUUAUUAGUGAGUGAUCAUGGCAUCAAGGAAAUUCAGCCAUUCAGGUGUUUCUUAACAAGGAAGGAUGAUUAUGUGGCAUAGAGCGUGAAGUUCCAGAGGUCUGUUGAUCAGCCCUGGCAUGAUAUCGACAACAUUGAACUAAGUAGUAUUCAGAUGAUGCUUUCUAUAGCAAUCCCAAUUAAUUUUGGUUGUCCAAAUUGUUGCAUGUAUGUUGGGAAGCAGAAAUUUGAUUCCUUUCAAAACGGCUCAAUUUUACGUAAAGCUCUUGCCUACCCCAUCAGACAGCGGCUGUAACAUGAAAAUUCGUCUUCUCUUCUAUUAUGCAUGGAUUUACACAACUAAGCCUAGAUUAAUAGGAUGUUUACACUAUAGAGUAUGUUGGUGGUUAAGGCCCCAUUUGGUCUUUUUGAUUUUUUCCUCUUAAUUCGUACGAAGAUUUGGGUCAAUUGUUACACUACAUUGUUCGUCUCGAUGAAAGAAAUUAGAAAAGUAUAAUAUGGACCCAAAAUAAAAAAGACAUUUUUUUGUUGUUUUUUAUGAGGUUUUUUACCAUUAUUGUGUGAAGUUCUAAGUGAUUAACUCACAUCAUCUUUUUGGGCCCAAUGUGAGACCUUAAAAGGGAAAAUUGGAGGCUAAGGAGAUUGGUCGGGGCCCCCCUCCAUUUUAGCCACCCUUAUUCUUCUUUUGUAUUAGUUUGAAUCCCUCCCUAGGCCCAGGUUGCCUUUAGACAGGCGUAAAUCCAAGCCCAUAGGUUGCUCAUCAGGGUUGGUCAGUGCUUGUAUGCAAUUCCAUGCUCUCAUCUAUGCCUAUUUUAUUUUAGAUACAUUUUUUUUCUUCUGUAUAUGCUUAGUUGAAUUGUGCAUACCGAUGCUCUGGACUAUCAAUGAAGGAAAUAUGGUAAUGUGCACAUAAAUUGAAUUGGGUCUCUAGGCCUGUCCUCUCUGAUGUCAUUCGGCUUUGAUUUGGGGGCAUGGUUCCGUAGCAAAAUAGGCAUAGGGGGGCUACUGUUUCAGUGGUAUUCUGAGAGCAGCCACUUUGUGCAUAUUGCCAAAGGUUAGGUCUGUCUCCAAUCCUCCUCCGCACAUGCCUCCAAUGAUUGGGGACUACAUGGGUUCUGUUGUUGUUGUUAUUGUU